UGAUGCCCUACAGUAUCAAAUUUCCCCCCUUUAGAAGGAGGAUUCCCUUCUCGUUUUGUGUGAUUCUCUAUAUACCAGCUUCCUUUCUUUGACUACACAGGAGUUCUUCCACUCUGCUCAUUUUCUUUCUUCAAUAGGCCGUUUGAGCUUUUUCAAUCACAGAAGAAGAGAUGGCAGAGGAGAAGAAGCCCCAACCAAUUCCUGGUGUGUGGCCAAAGGUGAAGCCGUUUGUUAAUGGUGGCGCCUCCGGUAUGCUCGCCACCUGCGUCAUCCAGCCCAUUGAUAUGAUCAAGGUUAGGAUUCAGCUAGGUCAGGGAUCUGCGGCUUCGGUGAGUAAGAACAUGUUGAAGAAUGAGGGUCUUGGCGCCUUCUACAAGGGGCUAUCUGCUGGACUACUUAGGCAAGCUACUUACACGACCGCUCGACUGGGAACUUUCAAGAUUUUGACAAAUAAAGCCAUUGAAGCAAAUGAUGGGAAGCCCCUCCCUCUAUAUCAGAAGGCUCUGUGUGGGCUAACCGCUGGUGCUAUUGGAGCAAGUGUUGGUAGUCCAGCUGAUUUAGCACUAAUCCGUAUGCAGGCUGAUGCGACACUACCUGCUGCUCAGCGCAGGAAUUACACAAAUGCCUUCCAUGCUCUCUACCGUAUAGUUGCUGAUGAAGGGUUUUUGGCACUAUGGAAGGGUGCUGGCCCAACUGUUGUGAGAGCAAUGGCGCUGAACAUGGGAAUGCUUGCCUCUUAUGAUCAAAGUGUUGAGCUUUUCAGGGAUUCCCUUGGAUUUGGUGAAGCUGCUACUGUAGUGGGGGCCAGUACUAUUUCUGGAUUCUUUGCUGCAGCUUGCAGUUUGCCCUUUGAUUACGUGAAAACCCAGAUUCAGAAAAUGCAGCCUGAUGCUGAGGGUAAAUAUCCAUACACUGGUUCUUUGGACUGUGCUACGAAAACCCUCAAGGCCGGAGGACCAUUCAAGUUCUACACAGGAUUCCCUGUGUAUUGCGUUAGAAUUGCUCCUCAUGUUAUGAUGACAUGGAUAUUCCUGAACUACAUCCAAAAGGCUGAGAAGAAAAUUGGAUUGUAGUAUACUGAAGGGAUGGAAAUUUCUUCCGGACUCGAGCUCUUAAAAAAAAAUAUUUUGGCGGUGUUGUACUUCUAGAUGGUUGUGGGUGUUUGACUUUGAAGUCAAACACAUUAUUUUAGAGACUCACAGCGAAAUUGACGUAGGUUUUCGCCAUUUAUCCCGUAAUUUUUUGUUGUGCCACCGGAAUGGGGAUAUUAUAAAAUUCCUUUGAUUUUGAGAGCGUUUCAUUUAGAAAUCUGCCUGAACUUGAGAAAGAGAUUGAACCUGAUUAGACCACGCGGUUGAAAUUGAAAAUGUAUUCUGUCGUUUUUCAUAUGAACAUUGUUUUGCUUCCUGAGAGGUUGCUGGGCAGUUCAGCAUGCUCUUUCUUGGUUGAAUUGAUUCUUGAUUUGGCAGGAUGAUGUCCAUACCCAUCCAUUAUU